AUGGGGUCUUACAGGAACACCGCCUAUGCCAUACAUGUGCUUCGUGUUGCACCAGCCAUCACGGUCUCAGUCAACGGCUCCUUCAACAGCUCCAUGUAUCCGAAGUUGGCAGAUGUCCGCUUCUCCGAAUCACGCCGCCUGCAGCGGUACUUGUUGGAAAACCCCGCAUGGUACGUGCCGGAUCUGGAUAUGGUUUCGAACUCCACGAUCGAGGUCUUGAUGAACUCUGUCGUGCUGGCGCCCCAGGGGCCGCUAGCGCUGGAAAGGAAGCACAGCCCUGUGCCAGUCUUGUCUGCAAGUCGGUGCAGCGACAUUUGUGGAAACACCACAGCUGGCUUCGGCAACGACUGCAUCUAUGAAAAGGAGGUUGACUUGCCAGUGCCUCUUUGCCUUGGUCAGCAAACUUCGCAAAGACUUAACUUGGAGAAGUGCGAUCUCAGCGUUGCCGGCAAAAGCUCGACUUUGCUGGAAUGGCUUCAAGAUGUCAACGUGAGUGGCAAGUUCGUGAUGCUUGGCGAUUUCAAGAAGGAGGGCGGCUCCAUGCAUUUGCCCUUUGAGGCUUCGGUUGUGGGCCUGUACAACAGCUUUCGCCUAUCAGUACCAUUGUCAUCCUUGGCUGGCGGAGUGCAGCUGGAUAUUGCUGUGACCCAAGAUCCCACAAGUUCCGAGGACUUGACCAUUCCUUUGGUCAUUGUCUCUCAUCCCCCCGCUGUUCAGCUUCAUCUGAAUUGCUCUACGUCUGACUGCUUCUUCAUGCCUGAGAUCAACAGUGAGAUCGCCCGUACGGAGUAUGCUCUUUGCGGUGAUGUGGAUGCUGUUCACAGCGUGUCUGCUACCGUUGAUGACCCGCGAUUUAAGGUCAUUCCACAGGAGUCACAGGAAGCAAAGCAGUGUACCGGCCAAGGUUGGGACAUGAGCACGGAGUUCCGGGUGACUCGCGUGGAAGACUGCGCCUGGUGUGAGUACUACGUACCAUGGGAUGCAGGUUAUGACCUCGUUGUGAGACGCUCCAUCUCACUCUGCUUGAAAACUGCCGUGGACUUCGAGAAGCCCCACGCUUUGGAGAAAAUCCUGAGACCAACGCGCCACAAAGGCGAUGAGCACAACAAGUGCGUGGACAAGGCAGGCCUCUUGGGUGAUGCGAUCCGAAAGACGCAGGACACCCAAAUGCUCCGUGUACUGCUCAAGAUGGAUGCUGACCCAUCUGCUCUCAGCAGGGGCCAGACUCCACUUCAGAUCGCCGCUGCUCGUGGCUACCUUGAUGCCAUGGAGCAGCUGCUGAACAAAACGGCUUCGACAGACGGCUCCCUAGCAGCAGCAGCUUCCCACUGCCAAGUGGAGGCCGUGGAGAUGUUGCAAACGUGUACCGCUCGGAGCUUCAAGUCCUUCAGAACCCUUCAAAUUCUAGCUCAAAUAACGGUAAGGACUCAGAAGACUGGGGCGAAGCAAGAAGCAACAUAA